AUGACUACUACCACUCCCGGAUCAGUCCCGGGGUUCGUUGGCCGCACCACUGGAACAACGCAAGAUCUAGAGGGCCUUUCAUUCCCGGUGGCCUGCCCACCAGAUAUCGGUCCCAAAACGCGCUUAGUCGCAGUCUGCGGAUGCACCGACGAAGAAGGUCAGGCUUCGCCGGAGAAGGAUGGAUGGUUUUUAAGCGAUUUCUAUCUUUUCCACCACCUGUUUUCUCGCACUGAGGGCCCAACACCAGCCCAGAUUUGGAUGACCUGCGAAGAGCCCGAAGACCUAGUGCAUAAAUACACAGAAUAUGCACACAGGGACCCAAAAGAGGAGCGAAAAGUCGUGCUAGAUAAGAGCAUGUUACCCAAGAUCCAACAAUCUGGGUCUUUACGCGUUGUCUCACGGCGUGACCUUCUAGAACGCUUUUUAAGUACUUUAAGAGAGCAAUCACGCGAAGCUCAGAACAAUAACGAGCACCUUUUAGUAAUGAUUCUUGGCCACGGAGAUGAUGAAACUUUUGGGGUAGCUCUUGGGGGAAACGAGCCGAAUCUCAGGAUGGAAGAUGUCAAGCGUGCGCUACAGCCCAACACGCCAACUGCUCUUUUCAUGACUUCUUGUUUCUCGGGUAGCUGGCUUGUCCAGCCAGAUACAAACAUAUCCAGGCACAUGAAUGUCAGUGGGAUGACAGGCGCGGGACCAGAAGCUCAGAGUACCUCUUGGCCACUUAGUGCCAGUCUAAGACGAGCACGUGGAAGCAGGAUUACAAGUGCGAUUCUGAGAUCCACCAUCGCCAUUGAAGAGUCUCAAGAAACAGAAGCAACCUCACAGAUUCGCCAAGACCCCACCUAUUGGGCAUUCUCAAACUCCAUUUAUGAUACCUAUCGGAGGCUGGACUCUUUCGCCGAAGAAACACAGAUUCAUUUCUCCGCCCAAGACGAUCAGUGGGAGCUCCACUUCAAACGCCGCAGUGGAAUGACGUUGUCACAAUUGAAGACACGCUGGGAGUCACUACGCUCCAUACCGCAAGGGGAUUAUGAAGCUCCACUUUCAAGUGGAUCUGGCACAGGCACGAUGCGUUUCGGAACGAUAAGAAAGCGCAGCAAAUUGAAAUAUCUCGCUCGAUUAUAUCUCUCUGCAAACCCUGGUUUAGACAACGAGGCCAACAAUAUCGCACUCCACAGCGGAUUAGGGGGCUAUCUUAGAGGCAAGAGCAAUUCCAGCGACAAGGAAGUUGAGAGAAUGUUAGAAGAGGUGAUAUGCCGACUUGAUUCUCUGAAGCAGGCCGAGGACCUUGUCGCAGUAAUGAUUCAGGAGAGAGUCAACAAGGCGGUGGAUUUUAAAAACGAAGAAUCGCGCAAUCUCACGGCACUGUUUGGUAGCCAAACAACGCGUGAUGCAGAGGUUGCCCGUCACCGCGAUAUUGUCCUCGAUAAAUUCAGGGCUCUGAAGGUCAAGGCGUCGGGAGUCUUCCGUGGCUAG